CCCAGAGAGAAGGAGGUGUCGGGGAUCUCUAACAAACCCACAUUCAAAAUGGGUUUAUGGAUUACAUCACAGCCUGUGUGGAUAAAUCGGACGAGCCAGGUGCUUUUCAGUUUGGCGUCCAGCAAAAGAAAAAGAGAAAACAUGCUGGUUCUCAGAGCUCAGGACUUAAAUUUGAGAAGUGAAGAUCGGAAGCUGUUAACACACGUGAGAGUACAUGAGAGAGGCAGGGUCUGUGUUGGCUUUUGAUGCUGUCACAAACUUCGUUUCGGUCAGAAAAAGUUUUCUUUUUGUGCAGGUUUUUCACAUUUUCCAGAAAAUAAAAAGGGACCAGUAGGACACGCCUGUCAUGGACUCUGCUGUCAUACGACAAAAAUCGCUUCUUGAACUUCUCCACUUCACUUUCCUCUGUUAGAGUGGUUCGUUGCGAUGGUGUGAGUACCGACGUGAACUUAGCCUAUAUGAACAUUCAGAAGAGUUCGAUUGGAGAUUGGAGCCCGUGAGCGUGUUCUACGGAGAAGCACCACAACUGAUUUCGUUCUUCCUCGAUACUCUACGCACGAGUAACUGGAUGCUUGUUGCAGGCUUGUGAGGAAUAUAUAUAUACUUUAAUUACAAUACCGCCCUGCAUCAAAGAGAUGGAUCAAUCACAAUUGUGUGUCGCUAUUUACGUGUUGGUUUUAUCCCUUGGUCUUAGGAUAGAAGAAGGGAUGUGCCAACAUUACUACCUCCUCCGUCCCAUUCCCAGUGACAGUUUACCUAUUGUGGAACUUAAGGAAGACCCCGAUCCUGCCUUUGACCCUAAGGAAAGGGAUCUUAACGAAACAGAAUUGCGAAGUAUACUCGGCAGCAAGUUCGAUUCUCAUUUUAUGUCUAUAAUAUCUCCAGAGGACAAAUAUGCCGGGAGCGAUGACCUGGGUGAUUGGGACCUCCCACAGAAGCCUACAGGGGCAAUGCCCAGAGAAAUAAAAUCAAUGGAAUUUGACAUACAGCAUGGGAAGAAGCACAAACCGAGUAAAAAACUCAAAAGAAGGCUCCAACUGUGGCUGUGGUCCUAUGCGUUUUGCCCAGUUGUUUAUGCAUGGAACGACCUCGGGAACAGAUUUUGGCCACGCUAUGUGAAAAUGGGAAGCUGCUACAAUAAAAGGUCUUGUUCUGUUCCAGAAGGGAUGGUUUGCAAACCUGCCAAAUCGGCCCAUUUUACGAUCCUGAGAUGGAGGUGCCUGCAGCGAAAAGGAGGGCUGAAAUGCGCUUGGAUACAAGUUCAAUACCCCAUUAUAUCAGAAUGCAAAUGUUCUUGCCCGAACUGAAAUGAACUUUUUAUAAAUAUAAAUCAUAGCUACAUGGUUAUUUUUAUAUGCACUGCCGAGUGUAGGAAUGUAUAUUUUAUGUAUAUGUGGUGCCAUUUAAUUAUAAACUUGUAAAAAGGUCAGUAUUAUGCAUAACCAGCGUCUACUGUAUUUGUUGAACAUAUCUUGGAUGUAAUGUAUCUUUAUAUUUAUAUUGAAGAGCACUUCGCAUUGCGAAGGAUUGAAUAGGCUACACGUUUAUUGAAGGACUUUAAAGCAAUUUUCCAUUCUUCGGAAAAUUUGUUUUGUUUUUAUUUUUAUUGUUUGUUUUUUGUUUGUUUGUUGUUGUUUUUUUGGACCUCAGACGGCAAUAAUUAGAUUACAGUGUAAUUCUGCAGCGGUAAAAGCUGUAAAUAUAGCGCCAGAUUUGGACUAUUAAUCUUGUAAAUUAAGAGUAACUGCUAUUUAUUCUUUAUACUCUUGUAGCAGAACGCCUUUAAAAAAAUAAAACCACUAAAACCACA